AUGGAUAAGGACAAAGUGCUCAAGGUCGGGCUUUCGGAGCAGAUAAGGCGGGAGAUCACAACGAUGCGGUUGGUGGCUCAUAAGAACAUUGUUGAGCUUCAUGAGGUCAUGGCGACACGAAACAAGAUCUACUUCGUCAUGGAGUAUGUGAAAGGUGGCGAGCUCUUUGACAAGAUUGAGAAGAGUGGCAAGCUCACAGAGGCCAUUGCACACAAGUACUUCCAGCAGCUCAUUAGUGCAGUGGAUUACUGCCACAGCCGAGGUGUGUAUCACCGGGACUUGAAGCCUGAGAACCUGCUGUUGGAUGAGAAUGAGAACCUGAAGGUCUCAGAUUUCGGACUGAGUGCACUUUCAGAGUCGAAGAGGCAAGAUGGCUUGCUCCACACCACCUGUGGAACUCCAGCAUAUGUAGCUCCAGAGGUGAUCAGCAAGACAGGCUAUGAUGGUGCAAAGUCAGACAUCUGGUCUUGUGGGGUUGUUCUAUUUGUACUUGUUGCUGGUUAUCUUCCUUUCCAAGGCCCAAACUUGAUGGAGAUGUAUCGACCUGGGGAGACCCGUACAGUAAAGGAGAAAAAUUCAAGUGAGAAUGCCACCACAAAUGCUGCUCCAGCACUUGUUAUGAGGCGCAAGAAGAAUGUUCAUGAAGAUGUGAAGCCCCUGGCUGUCACAAACUUAAAUGCCUUUGAAAUCAUAUCUUUCUCCACAGGGUUUGACCUCUCUGGUCUAUUUAUCAGAAAGGAGUGCAAAAAGGAGACACGAUUCACUUCUGAUAAGCCUGCCACGACCAUCAUCUCGAAGCUUGAAGAUGUUGCAAAAGCACUGAAUCUCAGGAUAAGGAAGAAGGAUAAUGGUGUAAUCAAGAUUCAAGGGAGGAAGGAGGGAAGGAAUGGUGUCCUUCAGUUUGACACAGAAAUAUUUGAGAUCACGGCAUCCUACCAUCUCAUUGAAAUGAAGCAAACAGGCGGUGAUUCACUUGAGUACCAGAAACUGUUGGAAGAGGACAUCCGGCCAGCACUGAAGGACAUAGUCUGGGCCUGGCAUGGAGAUGAUCGACAGCAAAAGGAGUAG